AUGUCUUUCUACAGUUUAUCCAUAAAAUUCAUAUAUUUAAUGACAGCGUUCCUUUACUGUACCUGUCAUCCAAGUCCCCGAUGCUUACUAAUAUCUUUUGACGGAUUCCGUUGGGACUACCUGAACAACAAUACCUUAACGCCAAACUUUAACAAAAUAAUAAAGAAUGGUGUAAUUGCUACUCGUGGAGUAGUUAACGCUUUCAUCACAAAGACAUUUCCCAACCAUUACAGCAUUGUGACUGGCUUGUAUGAGGAAAGUCAUGGUAUCGUAGGAAACACUAUGUACGAUCCUGUCUUCAAUGAGGUGUUUCAUAUCAGUAACAAAGAACAAGUCACUGAUUCCAAGUGGUUUGACAACGGAGGAGAGCCUGUGUGGGUGACAAAUCAAUUACAGGGAUGUACGCAUCGCAGUGGUGUGUUAUUUUGGCCAGGAGACGGGGCGGCAGUAAAGGGAGUUCUGCCCUACAAGCAUGAACUAUUCAACCCGGACGUGAAAAACGAAAGCAGGAUUGACAAAAUUAUCGACUGGUUCAAUGACGAAUAUCCUAUUAAUCUUGGUCUGCUAUACUUUGAACAGCCUGAUGCACUUGGUCAUGAAGUUGGACCAGAUUCUUUGGAAAUGAAAAAAAUGAUUGAAGCCUUAGAUGGAGUUGUUGGAUACCUUUUAGAAAAAAUUGAAGAGAACGACUUGGGUGAUUUAAAUGUGAUUAUUACAAGUGACCAUGGAAUGUCUUCAACACCAGAAACAAAGAUCAUUGACUUAGAUGAAUAUAUCAGUCCAACAUCAUAUCAGAUAUUUUCUUCAGAUCCGAUCGGAAGUGUACUUCCAAAUGAAGGGAUGGAAGAGGAGAUUGUUAAGAACCUGUCUACAGUGCCACAUCUACAUGUAUACAGAAAAGGGGUGGAUAUACCAGAGAGAUUUCACUAUGAACACAACAGACGGAUACAGCCUUUACUAUUGGUGACGGAAGAAGGAUAUUCAUUGCGUCAUAAUAAUUCAUAUGUUCCAAGAGGUAACCAUGGUUAUGACAACAGAUUACCUGACAUGCACCCAUUUUUUGUGGCAAUGGGCCCUGCAUUUAAAGCUGGAACAAAGAUAGAGACUCUCCAUAAUGUGGACAUUUACCCCUUGAUGUGUCAUAUCAUGGGACUGAAACCAGCUCCAAACAAUGGAUCCGUGGAAAACUUCAGGUCCAUCUUGAAGGGUGAAGACAGUGAUAAUGUAUUUCUUGUUUAUAUUGUGAUUCUACUUUUUAUUGCCUUGGUCGGAGGAAUAUUCAGCAUUGCUGCAUGUCGCCAGCAGAUCUUCCAUCGUCGAAACAGAAAAAUACAGUUGAGAUCACUAACAGUUUUGCCUAAUUCAUUUAAGAGCCUUUCUACUACAAUGAAUGGGGGACAUGUACCUCUACUGGUCAACUCUGAUACAGAGGAUGAGUUUUAAGUGGUUUUACAUCUUUUGACAUGUUAUUUAUCUCGUACAUGCUUAUAAAUAAAACAUUGAUAUAUAUGAACGUAUUGCAGCACUGUAUAAAUGUUUUAUAAAGUACAAUGUAACAGAAAUCUUUACCCA